AUGGCGUCAAUAAAACCUCCAUAUGUCUGUAUCAAUUGCAGACUGACGAACAGACUCAGUCGUCGCAAUUUCACAGCGUCUGCUCGACAUUCGGAAAUCCUGCGACCCGCAACAGCUCCGAAACCCACUCCUGAUGUCAAAAGCAUCCGCCAGAACGCCGAGCUCUACUCGAAGAACAGCGUCGAGCGAAACUAUCCAUCUCACGCCGAGUACCCUUACAAGAUCCUAGAACUGUCCGAAGAAGCAAGACGUCUUGACCAAGAUCUCAAAUCUCCCCGAUCCCGCAUUAAACAAUUGGAGAAGACCAUCGCAAAACUUGCCAGCUCCGCUCGUCAGGAUGCCUCAUCCAGCGCCAGUGGUGAAGAGCUCGCCGCUCUGCGAUCGGAAGCACAGCAAUUGAAAGAUGAGUCUCAUACGAUGACAACCCGGAGAACAACAUGUACCGAAGAGAUCCAACGACUCGCCCUUUCCCUUCCCAACCUUUCCUCUCCCGAGACCCCCGUCGGAGACGACGCAAGGCUCGUCACGUACAUCAACUUCGACCCUCAAUCUCCUCCCGAAUGGAUUUCUCAUCCCGACCCAUCGCGCUCUCACGUUGCCAUCGGCACCGCUCUCGAUCUGAUCGAUUUUACGAGCUCCGCAACCACCACCGGCUGGGGUUGGUAUUUCCUGAUAAACGAGGGAGCGCUCUUGGAACAGGCCCUGGUGCAGUACGCUCUGAGCGUUGCUCGCAGCCGCGGCUGGAAGGUGGUGUCGCCCCCGUCGAUCGUUUACUCCUACAUCGCGGAAGCAUGCGGCUUCCAGCCCCGCGACCAGCACAACGAGCAGCAAAUCUGGGCCAUCGAGCAGAGCGACAAGGACAAGAGCAAGCCCCAGCGGUCUCUGACCGGCACCGCCGAAAUCCCCCUCGCGGCCAUGUACGCUGGCCGCGACCUGGACGCCUCGACACUACCCCUCAAACUCGUCGGCGCGAGUCGCUGCUACCGCGCCGAAGCGGGCUCUCGCGGCGUCGACACGAAGGGCCUGUACCGCGUCCACGAGUUCACCAAAGUUGAACUCUUCGCCUGGGCCGAUAAUCUUCCCGCAGGCGAGACACCAAGCUCGCCCUCCUCCGACGACCUCUUCACCGAGCUCCUCGACAUCCAGACCGAGAUCCUCACCUCCCUCAACCUCCCCUGCCGUGUCCUGGAAAUGCCCACCACCGACCUCGGCGCCAGUGCCAGCCGCAAACGAGACAUAGAGGCCCUCUUCCCCUCCCGUCUGCGCGCUCCUGCCGCCGGUGCGGAAUCGGACCUCGAGUCUGGCUGGGGCGAGGUCACCUCCGCCUCGAUUUGCACUGAUUACCAGAGUCGCCGACUCGGGACGCGUGUGCGCGGUAGCUCCGCGAAGGACUCGCGCUUCCCGCACACCGUCAAUGGAACCGCGAUGGCGGUCCCGAGGGUGCUGGCGGCGAUCCUAGAGAAUGGCUGGGACGAGAAGAGGAAGGUCGUCGUCAUUCCAGAAGUGCUGCGGAAGUGGAUGGGAGGGUUGGAGGCUAUCGGGCAGAAAUCUUAA